CCCUGGCCAGAACAUCCCUCAAGAUGGCAGAGGAGAGCAGCCGGACCGGGGACUGCGUGUCCUUCAGCGUGCUCAGCUGGGACCAGGUCAGCCGGCUGCACGAGGUCCUGACCGAGGUCGUGCCCGUCCACGGACGAGGCAACUUUCCCACCCUGGAGAUAACGCUGAAGGACAUCGUCCAGACCGUCCGCAGCCGGCUGGAGGAGGCAGGCAUCAAAGUGCAGGACGUCCGGCUGAACGGCUCCGCGGCCGGCCACGUUCUGGUCAAAGACAACGGCUUGGGCUGCAAAGACCUGGAUCUCAUCUUUCACGUGGCUCUCCCGACAGAGGCGGAGUUUCAGCUGGUCCGGGAUGUGGUCCUGUGUUCCCUCUUGAACUUCCUGCCGGAGGGCGUGAACAAGCUCAAGAUCAGCCCCGUCACCCUGAAGGAGGCGUAUGUGCAGAAGCUGGUGAAGGUGUGCACGGACACUGACCGCUGGAGCUUGAUCUCCCUCUCCAACAAGAACGGGAGGAACGUGGAGCUGAAGUUCGUCGACUCCAUCCGGCGUCAGUUUGAGUUCAGCGUGGACUCCUUCCAGAUCGUCCUGGACUCCUUGCUCUUCUUCUACGACUGCUCCACCAGCCCCAUCUCCGAGCACUUCCACCCCACCGUGGUCGGGGAGAGCGUGUAUGGCGACUUCGAGGAGGCCUUGGACCAUCUGCAGAACAGACUGAUCGCCACCAAGAACCCCGAGGAAAUCAGAGGCGGCGGGCUCCUCAAGUACAGCAACCUUCUCGUGCGGGACUUCAGGCCCACGGACCAGGAGGAGAUCAAGACGCUGGAGCGCUACAUGUGCUCCCGGUUUUUCAUCGACUUCCCGGACAUCCUGGAACAGCAGCGGAAGCUGGAGACCUACCUUCAGAACCACUUUGCCGAAGAAGAGAGAAGCAAGUACGACUACCUCAUGAUCCUCCGCAGAGUGGUGAACGAGAGCACCGUGUGCCUCAUGGGCCACGAGCGCCGGCAGACGCUGAACCUCAUCUCCCUCCUGGCCUUGCGGGUGCUGGCGGAGCAGAACAUCAUCCCCAACGCCACCAACGUCACCUGUUACUACCAGCCGGCUCCUUACGUCAGUGACGGCAACUUCAACAACUACUACGUGGCCCAUCCUCCGGUUACCUACAGCCAGCCCUACCCUACCUGGCUGCCCUGUAACUAGCCUUGAGACCUGAGGGUUUCUGCAGGGGGAACCCCACUAAGGCGAGGGCUCUCAGGUAGGGGAGCCUCCUUCUAGAUGUAGGUGUUUGGCUUUUAAAGGGGAACUCAGCUCUGAUUCUGCUUUUUUUUUCUUCUUUGUGUACCCAUUGGAGUGGGUCGGCAGCCUGUCACGAGCCAACCCUAAAAGGACCCAUCUCACAGUGCCGCUUUGGGAAAUGCCCUGGGAAGUGUGACCUCUGCGUGUCUUUCCCAGAUAGACACCAACGUGUCGUGU